UUGCGUAUUAUAAGCGUUUCCUUCGAAAGCUGACAAGUCUGUUUUAUCAAUUUAUUGUUAUAGGUCGUGAUUUUUGUAUUUGCUUGCUAGACGCGUAUAUAAAGUACCAUUUGUUCCGUAUAAAUUGUGCGAAACGUUCAUUUCGAUUCAAGAUUCACUUAAGAACAUUGACACGCGAUAAGAAAAUAUGGCAGAAACAUCGGCGACAGAUUCAGGGGUGAUAAUAAAGAUGGAGGUGGACUACAGCAGUAACUGCGACACCAAAAUUCCCGAAUGUAAGAAAAUGGCGCGGGAAGGAAAACUGCACGAUGCUUUAGACCAGCUUUUGGCUUUGGAAAAACUGACCAGAACGGGAGCAGACAUGGUCUCCACGUCUCGCGUCCUGGUCGCUAUUGUAGAAAUAUGCUUGGAAGCCAAGAACUGGACGGCUCUGAACGAGCACAUAGUUCUCUUGUCGAAGAGACGCUCGCAAUUGAAGCAAGCCGUAACCAAAAUGGUUCAGGAGUGCUGCACCUACGUUGACAAAACACCCGACAAGGAAACCAUGAUCAAGCUCAUCGAAACGCUACGUUCGGUUACCGAGGGAAAGAUAUACGUCGAAGUUGAAAGAGCACGACUGACGCAUCGUUUAGCCCAAUUGAAGGAGGAGGACGGCGAUGUUACCGGAGCAGCUACAAUUAUGCAAGAACUACAGGUAGAGACGUACGGAAGCAUGUCGAGGCGAGAAAAGGCUUCCCUGAUAUUGGAACAGAUGCGACUGUGCUUAGCGAAGCAAGAUUUCAUCCGUACCCAGAUCAUAGCAAAGAAGAUAAAUAUAAAAUUCUUCGACGAUGAAAACAACGAAGAAACUCAGGCCCUGAAACUGAAGUACUAUGACCUGAUGAUGGAACUCGCCCGUCACGAAGGCUGGCAUCUCCAGCUCUGUCGACACAAUCGCGCGGUCCUCGAAACCCCCACGGUAAGAGAUGACCCAAAAAAACGUCACACCGCCCUCUCUCGCGCCGUGCUCUACCUCGUAUUGGCCGCACAUGAACCCGAGCAGGCCGAUCUCACCCACAGACUCCUAGCGGACAAGCUUUUGGACGAGAUACCGACCUACAAAGAGCUACUCCGACUUUUCGUUAACCCGGAGCUGAUCAAAUGGUCUGGACUCUGCGAGAUAUACGAAAGAGACUUAAGAGCCACCGAAGUGUUCUCUACGGGUACCGAAGAGGGUUGUAAACGAUGGACGGAGCUCAGAAAUCGUGUUGUUGAGCAUAAUAUUCGAAUAAUGGCUAAAUAUUAUACAAAGAUAACGCUGACUCGUAUGGCGGAACUGCUAGAUCUUCCAGUGGAAGAGACGGAGUCGUGCCUCUGCAAUUUGGUUGAAACAGGAGUGAUCAAUGCGCGUACAGACAGGCCGGCGGGUGUGGUUCGGUUUACCGGUGCUCAGGAACCAGCUGCUCUUCUCGAUGCCUGGUCGGCGUCCCUGUCGAAAUUGAUGGGUCUAGUCAAUCACACGACUCACUUGAUCCAUCAGGAAGAGAUGCUCGCCGUGGCUCAAUCCUAAGACAGUCGACCUCGUUACCCGAGUUCUUCGUUCAUUAUUCACAGUUAAAUUCAAUUCUCUAUAAAAGUAAAAAAUAUUCUUUUUCCCCUCUGACUAUCCACUGUGAAUUAUAAGAUACAUCUAUAAUGUAUUCAUCGUGUACAACUCGUAUUAUUAUAGAUUAUUUGAUAAUAAAAUUUCAUAAAAUUCCAAA